AUGUCAUCCAAAACUAUUCCGGAAAUUUCAUCAAGAAGUAUCGACACCGAAAGUAUUUACGCAACGAUAAGCCGUCGAAAAAAAACAGUGGAUGAUAGUAUAACAAAAUUUGCAACAUUAACAAAAACACGGAAACCGGCAAAACUUGAGCGUAUCACAAGUAAUCGUAAGCGAGAAUGGCUAGAAUCAGGUGCCGAAAAUGGUUUUAUCCGGCUUUAUGCACCAACCGGAUUACGAUCAUUAAUUUAUCCAGUUACACUUCAAACAACUGUUCAAGAUAUCUGUUCCGUUUUGGGUUUUGAAAGUUUAUACCUUCAGAUUGGUGGAUGUAAAAUUAGUAACUUAUCAGCAGGAGAAUAUCCAUUGCAAUUACAAAAUGAAUUUCUAUUAAAUAUUGGAUAUGAAACACAGUCAGAAUGUAUGGCUGUUGGCGAUGCCACACAUUUAACUCACCUGUUCUGCUUUUUUAUAGGUCGUCCAGAGCAAACGAUUGGUGAUGGAGCAUGCAAUGAAAUACUUAUGGCGUGGUGUCACGUACGUAAAGGUCGACUGCUACAGAAAUGGAUUAAACGACGUUGUACACUUUAUAAUGGAACUAUUCGUAUUGAAUAUGAUAAUACUGACGAUGAGAUUUUGCUACUCAGUCGAUAUCGUGUUGACGUAACGGAAGGAAACCGUGGAAAGUAUCUUCGUCUUACAGAUUCUUCUAAUAUUUAUAAUUUAAAAUUUGAAGCAAUUGGUGAAAUGAAUCUUUGGCUUACUCGUUUGCUUCAAACUCAAAUGGCACCAAUUUGUGAUUUAAGUGAUCAUCGCUUACUAUUACUACCGGAUGAAUUAUUUUCGGUUGGAGUAAUCCGUCAAAUUGUUACGCUAAAUUUACGCAGAAAUUCAUUGCAAUUUCGUCCAAGUAAUCAGAUUCAAAAUCCACUUCUUGGAUGGCUUGAUGAUGUGGGACGUUUGCAUUCGUUACGUUCACUAAACAUUGCUGAUAAUUUACUUUAUCAUUUUCCAAUUACAAUAAGUCAUCUCAGUAAUCUUACCGAAUUAAUACUUUCUGGAAAUUGUAUAUCCUAUAUUCCGGCACAAAUUGCUGAAUUAAUUAACUUAACGAUAUUAAAUGUUAGCAAUAAUUGGUUACAAACAGUACCGGAAGAGCUUUCACGAUGUGUAAUGUUAACAAAAUUGGAUUUAAGUUUCAAUCGUUUUAAUCAGAUUCCGGAUGUUUUAUUUACACUGAAACGAACUGUACAUCUGGAAAUGGCCGGUAACAAUAUUGAAAUUUCAGCAUUGCAUUCGCUUUCGUGCAUUCAUGCAUCAAAAAUUGAUUUACGUCGAAAUGCAUUGAGAGGUGCGAUACGUUUAACUUCAUUUAUUUGUUGUGCAUUAACAGAAUUGGAUAUUCGUGAUAAUGAAAAUUUAUUUGAAUUAGAUUUAAGUAAUUUACAUACUAUACAGAUUGUACACUGUGAAAGGCUUCAGUUAACAAAUCUUCAAAUAAAUGGUACCAAUCUUAAAUAUCUCUAUGCUGAUAAUAAUGAGCUCUCACAAGUGAUAAUAAUGCCAAUACCAAUUCAACUAAUUGUAUUUUCAAUUUCAUUCAAUCGUUUUACUUCAUUACCAGAAUGGCUAACAGAUUUGCAAUAUAUUGAAACAAUUUCCGCCCAUCACAAUUUUCUGCGUUAUUUACCAUCCAGAAUUUUUAUGAAUGUAAGCAGAUUAAAAAAUCUUUAUGCAAAUAAUAAUAAAAUUGAACGUCUACCAGAGAUUAUCGAGAAUUGUGCAUUGGAAGUUUUAUCAUUGCAUAAUAAUUGCAUUGAUUUAUUACCAGAUGAAUUGCUUAAAGUGGCUAAUAAAUUGAAAAAUUUGAAUGUUUCACAUAAUCGACUUAAACGCCUUCCACCUGCAAAUACAAUGUUUGAUUUAAAUCGAAUUCAAUUUCUUCGUGCAGCAAGAAAUUUUCUUGAUGAAAGUGUAAUUAGUGUUGUGGUAUGUUGUCGACGUCUACGACUCUUAGAUCUUUCUUAUAAUCAACUCAAAUUUUUUGAUGACAGUUGUUUGAAUCGUUUGGUAGCACUAGAAGAAGUAAAUUUAUCAGCGAAUCAUCUCAUUUCAAUUUCAACUUCAUUUGCACAAUUACCUAAUUUACAAGUUCUUCGGAUACAUUCAAACGGUAUUACAGCAAUUCCGGAUUUCUCACAAUCAUCACAAUUGCUUCUAUUGGAUAUUUCAAACAACGAAUUUGGAAAUUUAGAUACAAAUUUAUGCAUGGCAAAAACUCUAAAACAUCUUGAUCUGACCUGUAAUUAUAUGUUACAAGUUGAUACCAAUAAUAUAAAACCAAAAAAACAAGGUCAAGCAAUAUCAGUUGUAAAUGUUGGAAAUGAAUGCAACUAUCAUACAUUUCAGGUUGGCUUCAGUGAAUCAGCCGGACAACGGAAUAAAUUAUGCAUUCGACAAAUUCGAUCAAAUUCAAAUAUGAAAGCAAUUUUUGGUAUUAUCGAUGGUGGUAAUAAUGAUCAAAUAGCUGCAAUUGUAAUCGAAAAACUUAAUAAUUUCCUUCAAAAACAGCCAUUAAUAAAUGAGCAUAGUUUAAAAAUGGCAUUAAUUUAUGCGCACGAGCAUCUCGGACAAAUUGGUGAACGUCUUGGUGCAGCAGCAAUGCUUCUUAAAAUUGAACAAAAUCAAUUACUGCAUGCAACUGUUGGCGGUAUUCGAGCAGUAUUAUGUCGUUCUGGAAAUGCUUUACAGUUACCAAAUCAAGAAAUUAUCAUAACACCGGAAGAUUAUAUUCAAUUACGUACCGGUAAUGCAACACUUAAUCAGGAUAAUUUAAUUAAUGGAAUAUGUUUAUCAGCAAGUUCACUUGGUUUUUCAUUUCUUUAUCCUGCUGUUCUUCCAAAAUCUUAUCAGGAUACGAUAAAACUUACGGAAGCUGAUGAAUUUAUUGUAAUUGGUUCACGAGCAUUCUGGAAAUAUAUUUCACCUCAGGAAGUUGUCGAUAAUAUCCGGACAACAUAUAAUCCACAAAUUGCAGCAAAAAAAUUACAAGAUAUUGUACAAGCAUUUGAAUAUGUUGGCAAUGUAAGUAUUAUUGUUAUUCGUUUCAAACGAUGUCAAAAUCCUGAUGGAUCAUCUACAAUGAUUACAUCUACUUAUCCAAAAAAUGGUAUUAAUUUGUUGCGUAAUAUUGAAGAACGAUUAGAUCAAAUUAGUGAUGCAAUAAAUAAAAUUGAUGAUGAAUCAAAUAAUAAUUAUUCUCAAUCUAUUGGUCGUCAAUUAUGGAAUAAAAAAGGAAGCUUUAGUACAUUGGAAUUAUUAGCAAAUAAUAACAGUGACAGUAAUUGGCCAUCCGGAAGUAGUACCAUUUCAAAAUAUAGCACUUCAUCCGGUAUGUCACCAUGUAGUGCACCACCACCGGAUCCGCACAAUGAUCAACAAUCAUUAACAACUAAUCGAUUUUCAAUUCGUAAACGAAUUGAUAUGUAUGAUCGUCUUAGUGCUACAGCAAUUAUCAGUAGCAAGGAACGUUUUCAACGUGCUAAAUCAACACUUAGUGAACAACUUCAAUUACGAAUUCCGGAACAGAAAAUUAUCAAACUUUAUAAGGUGUAG